UGAUGAUAACUAUCUAUUAUUAUUUUAGAUUAUAAAUUAUAAAUCACAGAGCGAAAGCAAGUUCAGGAGAAAGAGAAAUACAGAAACAAGAAAAUCAAUCCCUCCCCACACUCCACACUUCUCAAAACAAAUUUGAAAUUCCUAUUCCAUGGCCUUGGCUUCAAGCCACUACUUCAUCCCUUCUCUGUGGAGCAAUCCAUAUCUGACCACCCCACUUCAACCCCACCUGCAGAACCUUCCCUUCUCCUUCCACCCUUCACCUCCUACAAUCUCUGUAUCAAUCCUAGGCAUUCGUGCUUCGGACCCUUGUCGGUUCGAGUUCGCCCGCUGCCGAGCCGCGCAGCAAAGUGGGCCUGUGAAGAAGCGGCCGGCGGUGAAGAGGAAGAAGAAAAAGAGUGGCAGCGAUGGUGGUGGUGAGUCGUCGAGGAGUCCGGCAUUCAGUGAUGUGGAAACUGAAGAUGGCGAUGAUGGGUCUUCGGGUUCGGUUGCGCAUUCACAGUCUUAUCAACCCCUGGCGCUGCCGAAGCCUCCUGUGGGGUUCGUUUUGGACGAACAGGGAAGGGUCCUCAUGGCUUCUUCCAAAAGAAUUGCCACCAUUAUUGAUUCUACAAAUAAUUUCCCUUUAGAGUGCAUUAUCAGGAGAGUUUUCAGAAGUUCACAAGGGGAUGAGUGUAUGCUGCUCUGUCCAGUUGACACGCCUGUCCAGAUAUUGAAGAGCACAAAUAUUGAUGGAUGGUCGGCCGUCAGUGAUGAAGAAGUUGAAGCUAUCCUUCCCACUGCUGCUUAUGCCCUCGCCAAAAUACACAUGCAUUUUGUUUACAGCGGAUUUUGUUACACAGCUAGAGGAGGAUUUUGCUACUCAGAGGAUGACAUAUUUGAAUUUCGCACAGAUGAUGGGGAAGAUGUAGACGGCUUGCCAACUGAAGGAGUUGAAAUUACUUGCUUUCAUCUGGAUGGUGCACAUUACAUGAUUUAUACCCCUUCCGAUCCACUUCUUUUUGUUGCUGUAAAGGACCACAAUGGCCGAUUGCAAAUUGCUGAUGAUGAUCUCUUGGAAGACCCUGCCACCACCAGUGUCGUUGAUGAGGAGACUGAAUUCAAUGCCUUGGUGGAAGAAGAGGCAGCUCUUCUUGAAUCUUUGUUAGGAAAAAGAUAACCCCAGGCUGCCAAUUUUAGUUAGCAGAGCUGCUGUUUUCUUCAGGCACACAUGGAGUGAAUAAUUAGAUAGAGGGCACAUGUUUGGUGAAUCGGUGAUUGAUGUAUGCGUGUGUCGGUGUGUGCAUAUGUGGGUGAAGGGAGAGCGUGUACGUGCGCAGGGGCCUGCAAAAACCAGCUUAGCCAAGUUGAUGUAGGUUUUCAAGCCUGUUCAUUAAAUUCUUAUGCAAGUUUUCUACACGAAUUUUG